AUGUCCAAUCAAGAGCCAGAACAGACCUUCCGUGCCUACACGGCAGCCCAAGGGCAAACCUACGACCAAACUCGGUUCAGAUACCACCCCAACUUCUUCAAGAGGGUCUUGGACCACCACACUGCGACAGGCGGACAGCUCGGCACCGUCAUCGAUGUAGGCUGUGGGCCGGGGAUCGCAACCCGCGAGCUGGCACCGUUCUUCACCCAUGCGAUAGGCGCUGACCCAUCCGAGGGCAUGAUCGUCACAGCGAAGAAGCAUGGCGGGUCUUCUGCCACCGAAGACAUCAAGUACGUAUGCUCUAGUGCCGAAGCACUAGACUGCGGCGCAGCGGAUGGAACGGUCGAUCUCAUCACGGCCGCCACAGCAGCGCACUGGUUCGAUAUGCCUCGUUUCUGGGCUCGGGCAGAGCAGCUCCUACGACCUGGUGGCAGUGUUGCUAUCUGGUCGAUGAAUAAUGGAGGUGUGCAUGCCGAUGUGCCAAACCACGAAGCGAUCAAUCAGUCUAUUGAGGAGAUUCGGAAGCGCGAGCUCGAGCCAUACUACGGCGCGGGCAAUCUAGUUUCUCGGGACUUGUAUGUUGAUCUUGGAUUGCCGUGGACUGUUUCACCUGCUGUUAGCGGGUUUGAGGAAGACUCGUUUUUGAGGGUGGAGUGGGGCACUGAGGGAAAUGUGGAUGCUGAGCAGGAAGGGGAGGAGUUUUUGGUUAAUGGGCAGACUUGGGUGAAGAUGGGAUUUGCAGAGGCUCUGAUGGGGACUGGGAGUCCGAUUACGAGGUGGAGGGAGGCAAACCCCGACAAGACUGGGGAAGAGGACGUGGUUAGGGUCAUGAGAAGGGAGAUUGAAAGGUUGCUCAGUGAAGCCGGAGUUGCCGAAGGAGAUAUGGCUAUCAAGGUGAAGAUGACUGGUGUUUUGUUGGUGGUCAAGAAGAAGUAG